CAUCUGUGUAUGACCUGUGUAAUUCAUCACUGAUGCUGAAACGUAUUGACAUACUUGAUUUUGAUUUAACCAAACGUGUAAGAACCUGGGUGCUGCUAGCAUUAGAGAAGACAAACAUCUCUGCAGAAAUGCUGUAAACAGACCUUUCCAAUUAGCCUGUUUUAUGUUUGUUUUAGCUGAAGAAAAGGAGACACGGGACUUCAAAAUCCCUCCAGAUAAACCAUUCCCGUCAUCUUUGCCCAUAGUUUCGGAUGUGGAGGCUUCCAGGAACAGCGACCCAGUGCCCAUGGAUUCGAUUAAAGUGACCUCAACGAGAAUGCAUUUCUUCGGGCUUCAAGUCACACGGCACUAUAAGCUCAUGUCAAUUAUGCUUGAUGACAAAAAUGCUCCUCCAACUUCAACCUCCCUUUGCCCUGUGCCUCAGGAACUGUUGCAGGAGGAAGCCGGACCUCAUAAAGUUCUGAAGCACACAUCUGAGGAGGAAAAGGAACUUGAGGACAUUUCUCGAUUCUCCUUCCAACCUCCCGAAGCUCUUCUCGAACCUUUCCCUGCAAACCCUUUAAGGAUCUUUAACCCAGCCCCGGGCCUUCGGACCUACGAACCAAAACCUAAAAAUCUGGAGUUUGAGCCGGACUCUUGCGUCUGCCCUCCGCCCAGAUAUUCAGUCCCUGAAAGCAAAGUUGGUGGCAUAAGGACACAAACACCAGACACUCAGAAGUUUACUGAUCACAAGACAGAACAGGAAGUGAUUACAGGGGUCACAGAAUGGAAGACUGAUCUCGUCUCGGUACCUUCUUUGUCCGACCAGCUCACCUGUGACACCGCUCAACGCAGGUCCGUGGACUACAACACAGAAAUUAUUCCAUCUACGGUGCCUCCUCCUCUUGCUGCACUCCCCGAUAACCUCCCACCAGUUGCAGAGAACCCGUGUGAAGGAACCCAGCUCACGGCAGGGAUGUUAAGAGCCACGUUACCCCCUGGAAAAAUUCCAGUCUCCAAUAGCAACCUCACCAAGGGAACAACAGACAGGAAGUCUCGGUCUAAGGUGACCCGCAGGUCUGAGAUCAGCACGAGGGGAGUAAAGAAGUAAUGGCUUGACUGAAGAAGCUUCAAGUUAGUUGCUGAAAUUAAUUGAAAUUGAAGUUUAUUAUAUUCAUGAGAAGAUGCCUGAUAUUAAAAGCUGUGUUACCAAAAUGUUUAAGGUCAACAUAAAUAAAAUGUUGUGUUAUUUUCCCGA